AUGGGGUUAAAUCAAACGUUUAGUAAUAUCAAUAAAUAUGGAUGGUUCUUACAAUGGCCUAAAAAAUGGAUUGCUCUAUUAGGGAUAAUCCAGAUUUUUCUAGCAUUAGUCAUUGCUGGAAUGGAAGUUGGUCAUACAAUUGUUGAUCUUUAUCGUUCGACAGCAUUUGGAGGUUUCAUUCUGUUUAUACCAUUAUUAAUAUGUGCCAUAUUUGUUCUAAUAACGGUUUGUAAAUCACGAAAUAUCAAUUCAUCUAACAAAGCAGAUUCCGACGAUUCGCCUCGUCGACAAAAUUACGUUACAACAAAACCAGCAAAAAAUGAUAUGAAAAAAAAUCCUUCUUCACCGUUUAACAAUACCUAUCAAAAAGGACAAAUACAAACUUAUAUGAUUCAAAAUCAAUACGAAGAGUCUUGUUGUAAAACAUUAGCUGAAAAUUGUACGUGA